AUGGCUCCUAACUUGGUCCCCAUCGAAGCCAACGGUCCCCUCUCCGCCGCCAAGUUUGACGUCGUGCCUUCCGCAAUGCACGACCGACUGCAGACCGAUUUCGAGCAUGCAUGCUCCAAGUACACCAAAGCCGCCGUCGAGGCGCCCGCCGCGAGCUAUGGCACGCAAUACGAGAUCAAGAAGGCCCUUAUCUACAUCAUCCCGAAGCACGAACCUGAAAUCACCACCAUCCAGACCGGCUUCGCGUUUGCCGAGUCCGCAAACAUUGGCUUGAUUGGCCUCGUUAUCGACAAUCGCGCCAUCAAUUUCGCAGAGCUCUGUGCUUCGCAGUGCGAUAGCAGUUCCGCCGAACAGCAGCGCGCUCAUCCUGGCUUCUUGGAGUGCCACGCCGUGGAUAGCGGAGCCCUUAGCUGGGGCAUUGACGCUUUCGGUUGCCUUUCGCUCUGCAUUCUUGUGCAGGGAGAAGCACACGAGCUGAGGCGCGAAGCCUACUUCGUCCAGCGAGUCUACGCCAGGGGCGAAGACGGUCCGCGUGCGGGAGGCCUAUCGAAGUCGAGCGAGCAGGAGUCCGCCCCACGUUCUGGCUUCAGCUUCAGCAUGAAGCUGCCUGAUGCUGUGGUGAAGGGAAAGAUAAAGGCAAAAGAGGCGGAGGACGAAGAUCGUCUUGACCGGAUGAUGGAAGCGGGACCACCGCAGAGCAAGAAGCCAGAGUUGCCCGAGUUGUCGUGGGAGGAGUACCAGGCAGAGUUCUGGAGGUCGCACGGCGGCAAGCCGAACUAUGAGCGCACCACGAAGAGGUACUGA